AAUGAACAGCCGUAUCAACGAAUGACGAGGUGGCCGGAUAAAGAGGGCGGGACUUCCGGUAGAGCGUAUAAACGAACAGUCUUGGCCUGUCCAUGCGGUUGUGAUCAAUUGGAGCCUGCGUUAGCACCGUCAAGACGAACACAAUGGCCGAAACCGAUGUUGACCAGGAGCUGCUCGACUACGAAGAGGAUGAAGAUACGCAAGGAGCACCGGAGAGUGCCACCCCGGCCGUAAAGAAGGACGUGAAGGGAUCCUAUGUCUCAAUCCACAGCUCUGGAUUCAGAGACUUUCUCCUCCGACCCGAGCUGCUUCGUGCCAUUAUUGACUGCGGUUUUGAGCAUCCAUCUGAAGUCCAGCACGAGUGCAUUCCACAAGCCAUCUUGAGCAUGGACAUCCUCUGCCAGGCCAAAUCCGGCAUGGGGAAGACUGCCGUGUUUGUGCUGGCCACAUUGCAGCAGAUCGAACCUGUCGACGGGCAGGUCUCUGUGUUGGUCAUGUGCCACAUACGAGAGCUCGCCUUUCAGAUCAGCAAAGAGUACGAGCGCUUCUCCAAGUACAUGCCCAACGUGAAGGCAGCCGUCUUCUUUGGCGGCAUGUCCAUCCAGAAGGACCAGGAGGUGUUGAAGAAAAACUGCCCCCACAUUGUUGUCGGGACGCCAGGUCGACUGCUCGCCCUCAUCCACAGCAAAGCUCUGAGCCUGAAGAACGUCAAGCACUUCGUCCUGGACGAGUGCGACAAGAUGUUGGAGCAGCUAGACAUGAGACGCGAUGUGCAGGAGAUCUUCAGGAUCACACCUCAUGAGAAGCAAGUCAUGAUGUUCAGUGCCACUUUGAGUAAGGAGAUCCGGCCGGUCUGCCGCAAGUUCAUGCAGGAUCCCAUGGAAGUCUUCGUCGAUGACGAGACCAAACUGACGCUGCACGGCCUGCAACAGUACUACUGCAAGCUGAAGGACAGCGAGAAGAACCGCAAGCUCUUCGAUCUGCUUGAUGUGUUGGAGUUCAACCAGGUGGUGAUCUUUGUCAAGUCAAUCCAGCGCUGCAUCGCUCUCUCCCAGCUCCUGGUGGAACAGAACUUCCCUGCCAUCGCUAUCCACGGGGGCAUGGCCCAGGAGGAGAGACUGUCACGCUAUCAGCAGUUCAAGGACUUCCAGAGGCGGAUCUUGGUGGCCACCAAUCUGUUCGGCCGAGGAAUGGACAUCGAGCGAGUCAACAUCGUCUUCAACUAUGACAUGCCGAUAGAUUCUGACACCUAUUUGCACAGGGUGGCCCGUGCUGGCAGGUUUGGCACCAAGGGUCUGGCCAUCACCUUCGUGUCCGACGAGACUGACGCCAAGACCCUGAACGAUGUGCAGGACCGCUUCGAGGUCAACGUGGCCGAGCUUCCCGACGAAAUCGACAUCUCCACCUACAUCGAUCAGUCCAGAUGAACUCCAGCAAGGCGGACGUCUCCUCCAGGAUCUUGUCUCAUACUUGGAAUUAGAUGUUCCUUCUUUCUUGGUUAAAGUUCUACUAGUACCCUUUUGGUCACCCAUUUAAUUUGUCUGUUUGGGGCACUGUUGUACGAUUGAUUUUAAUUGUCUUUUACUUUUUUUUUUGCUUUAUCCGAUUGAAACUUUUUAUAAAAGGCCCUCCACGUUUGUGUUCUGUUGUGAGACCUCCUCCUGCUCCUCCACUGUCCUAGCAGCCUUUUUUAUAUUGUCACGCUUGUAGAAGGUGCGUCUCUGUCUUUGCUCGCUCGAUGUUUAGCAACAGCUGAUGAGAAUUGUGUCGCGGCAGUUGUUCCCAACUGAAAGCCUCUAAUAAAGUCACCAUGUGAAUUUGGAGCA